AUUCAAUUUCUCGUUGGUCUACCUUCCCCGGAUUGCCUGAAUAUGCCAGCAACCCCUUUGUUCUUUUUCUUUCUCUUUCCUCGGGUACUGUAAGCGCGCGAUGCAACGAACGAGUCUAGCACAUAGCACAUUGUGUUCAAGCUACGCCUUGAAUUAUCAAUGGACCAAAAUGUGGGGGCUAUCCCUCCGCCGCCAGGAGUCACGCCCGACUUCAAUUCCAGGCCGUGGUUGUUCACAGCGAAUCGGGUUUCAGUCGCAGUGGGAGUGACCGUUUGUUCAAUGACACUCAUCAUGCGGCUCUACACUAAGGCUUGCAUUGUUAGACAGUUAUGGUGGGAUGAUGUAUUGAUCUUCCUCGCUUGGGUUUUCGUUAUAGCGACUCAGGCCACUAUUCUAUAUGGAUAUAAUCAUUCGGGAGUCGGAAUCGAUUUUUGGAACGUCGGUGACUCUCUCCUCGUCGCCUAUCGCAAGACUGUGCUCGCCCUGUCGAUCCUCUACAUUCCAGCACUUGCUUUUGCUAAACUGGCAGUCAUCAUGCUAUACUAUCGUUUGCUCAAAUCUUUCCCAAUGUGGCGAUACACUCUCUGGUUCAUCGGAAGCGGCAUCUGCGCAUAUAGCACUGCCCUGAUCUUCGCACUCAUCUUUGCCUGCAAGCCAAUCAAGGAUGGAUGGACCCUGACAACUCCCAACGCUUGCAGACCUCGAGCAAGUCUAUAUCUGGGAACUGCAAUCGGAAAUACAGCCAGUGAUGUAGUUUUAAUCCUGAUCCCGACAACCUUCAUAUGGACAAUGCAUUUACCGCGGAUCCAAAAGAUCGGACUCUUUUGUAUGUUGGGGAUCGGGUGUCUUACUGUAGUCACUAGCAUUGUCCGAUUAAUCACCUUGAUACCUCUUAAUGAGUCGUAUAAUCGAACACACCUGGUUGGCCUCGCAUGUCUCCUCAUAGUGAUUGAAGCCAACUUCCUCAUUCUGUGUGGAUCCCUUCCAUAUCUCCGCCCAUUUCUCCGCCAUCAUGUCCCGAAACUAUUCGAUGAACGUCAAAAGGGAAACUGUACCUCGACUGAUGAUACGACGCCUGACAUGCGAAGGAUAAGUCGAAGGAGUUCGAUAUUUGAUAUCGAAAGUAUCGGUAGCACUCAUUCCGACGCACUUGAUGUUUAAUAUACCGAGUCGCAAAAGCGGAGAGACUGAUUAGAUAUUAGAUAGAGAAUUGCCAAG